AUGCGACUUCGUGAUGUUUUCAUUGUGGGUGUCGCGAUUAUCUUUUGCAUAUUUGGGUGGCAUCAAGAAGAUGGACUGGCCGUAUGGAAGGGCUUUGAGAUACCAAUUACCGACCUGGAGUCGCAGCGGUACAUGAUUCCAAAACCCGUUGUCCUUGACCCUAUGGGUGAUGGUCGACCAGUCCUCAUCGCAACCACUUCGUACGGGUCUCUUGAAAUGUUCAAGACCCACUCAACGAGUGGGGCAGCUGAAACGUAUGCAACUCCCGUCUCUAUGUAUCAGAGGUCGUUCUUUUCGCGAAUUACAGCAAUCGGAGCCGGAAGACUCGCCGUGGGUGAGGAUUAUGCGAUUUUUGUGGUUACGAGUGACUUUCUUUUGUACCGUUUGUCGCCCCACGAUUUUUCCGAAGUAUGGAGUGUACCAAUCCAUAAUGUGCUGUCGGAGUCUUUCCAUACGUCUGUCAGUGUUCUCAGUGAACGCAUUUACGAAGGAGACGAGGGAACCGUCGUGAUUGCCACCCAAGUCCCGGGACCGAAUCACACAAAAUUGAUGCUGUUCGCAGCGUUUAAUGGUGCGGAUGGCAAGCUGAGGUGGCGUUACACUUCCGACGCGGAGAGUUCAGUUCGAGAAGUGCUGGACCCGGAGGAUGCCGUUGGGGUGGGAGGCAGCUCACCGUCCGGUGCCUCCGUGGUGGUGAGUUCCCAGGCCACUGAAUCUUUUAGAUUGUACGAAAAACCGUGGACAUUUUACCGUGAGGCCGUUUCGACACUUCUUCCCCACCGUUAUUCUCAUCCCUGGGAUGAGUGCCUCCGUCCGCACGUGUUUUUCCACACGAAAAACAGAAAGAAAACUAAGGCACAAGCUGGAAACACAGUUGUAGUGAAAUACAAGGAUCGCUUUGUUCGAAUGAACAGUGAAGACUACGGCGAACUGGCGGAGAGACUCGGCCUUGUGAGUAAACCUCAAAAAAAAGGGAGUUCUCAUGGGGAAAAGGAGCGCAAGUCCGCCAACGUAUUGGCUUUUCAUGGAGAACAUGGAAUAGAAGUGGUACAUCUAUACACCGGAAACUUGAUUACGCGCGUGGCGCCGCUCAAGUCUGCUGGUGUUUACUAUCAUGAUAUCAACGACGACUUCGAGAUCGACGCUGUCAGCACCCUCAUAGGUCGGCGGAUGGAGAAGCAUUCGCACUUUGAUGUGGACGUUACCCUCGACUGUCUCGGUGUCAUUUCAACAGGUGCACCUGCGGCCGAUCACUCACUGUUCCAGACGUCAAUCUGCAACACCGAGGGGAUUUUUGGCCGUUUGGAACUAAUUCACCGCUUCAUUGAUGGCGACACGCGCGGAGAGGGCACUCCAGAGGUCCUGAGCGCCCUCGAGCUUGUUGGGAGCCACAACACCCUCUCGCAUACUACAAAGAGCGUUACUCCACUUGUGGUGCAACUACACACGUUGAGAGGGAGAGGUUUGUUUCAAGUUGAACGGCUUGCAGUCUUUAUGACCGAUUCAGGGUUGGUCACAUGCGUAGAUCCAUCGCGACGUCGAGUUGUUUGGCGUUCACAAACCGAGUCAUCCUUCUGGAGGCUUCGCAGUGAACGUGAGGCAGAUGUAGGGGAAGCAGCCUCCUCUGAGACAGAGCACAAGCAACGUACGUUCCCUUUCCCACAUCUUGCUUCGUACAAUUUUUACCAAGUUAAUGAGGACACCGUUGGUCACGUAGGGGGGCCUGGACGGUAUCUUCGGGUGGACCCGUACAUUGUUGCUGUAGGCGAGCGGAAGCUGACCAUACUGAGUUCCAGGACGGGGCGUGUUAUGCGAGUAGUGGAGCUGGAGGAACCAGCGGUGGCUCCCGUAAUCGUGCAGGAUUUCAAUGGGGACGGUAUCAAUGACAUUAUCGUCGUGACGGAGGGUGGAAUAUACGGAUUCGUGAUAGGAACGCGUACAUCAUCAGACACCGUCACUGCACUGAUGAUUCUAAUGGUUGGGCUGCUUGUCGUCCUUUUUGUGGUCCGACAGUUAGGUGGUGGAGUCUGGAGUGAGGAUGAUAUUUUGCCCACCACUACUCAGGAUUUGUACCGUAUGGCUAAAAGGAAGUCGGGCCGUGCAACGGACUGA